AUGUUGAAGAUAUGGUCCAUGAAACAGCAGCAACAGAAGGAUGAGCAGGCAGCAGGCGCGACACAGAAGAAGAAGAAGGUCACAGCGGCUCAGCUGCGGGUACAGAAAGAUCUGAGUGAGCUAGCGCUCGGCGCAACGAUGAAGACGACGUUUCCGAAUCCCGACGAUAUCUUGAACUUCACACUCACGAUCGAGCCGGACGAGGGCAUGUACAAGGGCGGGAGUUUUGUGUUUACGUUCGCUAUGAAUAACAACUACCCCCACGACCCUCCAAAAGUAAAGUGCACACAAAAGAUCUACCAUCCCAACAUCGACCUAGAAGGCAACGUCUGUCUCAACAUCCUCAGGGAGGACUGGAAGCCCGUCCUUAAUCUCAACGCCGUCAUAGUAGGCAUGCAGUUCCUCUUCCUCGAGCCAAACGCCUCAGAUCCGCUCAACAAAGAAGCCGCCGAAGACCUACGCACCAACCGAGAAGGCUUCCGGAGAAAUGCGCGGACUGCUAUGGGCGGUGGCAGCGUAAAGGGCGUCACGUUUGAUCGCGUGCAGAAAUAG